UAUAAAUGAAUGAUGGUGUUUGAGAGAAAAUGGUGCAUUCAAUCAUCCUGAGCUACUCCCAAAUCUUGUUUCCCCUAACAUUGAGUCCAUAUCAUAGUAAAACAGCAUGGGAUUGUACUCCAAGAACCUUUUUUCUUCGUUUACAUCGGCAUCGUCAUGGUUCGAGGUGUAUGCUGCGUUCUCCACACUCAUGAUACUCCUCAGAACAGCAAUCAAUGAUCUCAUACCCCAUCAGUUUCGAUCCUUCGUCAUCUCAAAGCUAGAGGGCUUCUUCAAAUACCAACCACAUAGCAUAGUCUCUAUCAAAAUUAAUCAAUUUUGGGAUGAAGGUAACCACGAGCGCAACGAACUUUUCGAUGCUGCCCUGGCGUACCUCCCCACCAAGAUUACUCACACCUACAAAUCGCUCAAAGUUGGCAGACCGCAAAACCAGAAACACAUCGAGCUUGCGGUGGAUGGAAGUGAAGACGUGAUGGACGAAUUUGAAGGCGUCAAAUUCACUUGGAAGCUGGAUGAAGGGUCCAAUGAGGAGUCUAGCUUCAGGAAGUUGAACUUUGUAUUAGCCUUCAAUGAGAAACAGAGACAGAGGGUACUGGAUCGCUAUAUCCCACAUGUGUUUAAAACAUACGAGGCCAUGAAAAAUGAGAGAAGGAUUCUAAAGUUGUAUUCCAGAAUACGUGGCUAUUGGAACGAAAGUGAGUUAUCACAUCCUGCCACAUUUGACUCACUAGCCUUGAGUCCUGAGCUGAAGAACGAUAUCAUUGAUGAUUUGGAUCGGUUCUUGAGGAGGAAGGACUUUUACAAGAAAGUGGGCAAGCCUUGGAAGCGUGGCUACUUGUUGUAUGGACCCCCCGGAACUGGAAAAUCUAGCCUUAUUGCAGCCAUCGCAAACCACUUGAAAUUCGACGUGUAUGAUUUGGAGCUUUCGUCCAUCGACUCUAACUCGGAACUCAUGCGGGCCAUGAGGGAUGCAUCUCACCGUUGCAUCAUUGUGAUUGAAGACAUAGACUGCAACAAGGAGGUCCAUGCAAGAUCAAAACCAAAUGCUACUUCAGAGGAUCGAGAUUCAGAGUCUGAGAAUGAGGGUUCAAAGAUGAAGUCAGAGAAGUUUACUCUGUCGGGUCUGCUUAACUACAUGGACGGUUUGUGCUCGAGUGGUGGAGAGGAGCGGAUUGUAAUCUUCACUACUAACCACAAAGAGAAAAUUGACCAUGCAUUGCUGCGCCCUGGUCGAAUGGACAUGCACAUUCACUUGUCCUUCCUCAAAGGCAAGGCCUUUCGAGUGUUGGCUUCCAAUUAUCUAGGCAUUGAAGGAGAUCAUCCACUCCUUCACCAAAUUGAUGAUCUGUUGGAGAAAAUUGAAAUCACCCCUGCAGUGGUAGGAGAACAACUGUUGAGAUAUGAGGAUCCUGACCUUAGUUUGGAAGAACUUGUUCAAUUUCUCAAACAAAAGGUGAAGGUCAAGGAUAGGAAUUGUGACUGAGAGUUAAGAGGCUUGUUUUCAGUCGUAGUUUUCAGUUGUAGUGAGAUUAUUCUCAUACAUGCCUACGAAACUCGUUUGUUAAUUUCACUUCCAUGUGUUCAACUGUGAUGAAUUAAUUCGUGUUCAUCUCUCUUA